GGAAAUGGCGGCCGCUCCGGCCUCACUCUCGGGCCGCUUCAAGGGGUCCUUUGCAUAUUUUACAAUGAAGGAUCGAGCACCUCAGAUCCUAACUAGAGUUAUCGAUACUUUACAUCGUCACAAAAAUGAAUUCUUUGAGGAGCAUGGAGAGAAAGGUGUUGAAGCAGAGAAGAAGGCUAUAUCCUUCCUUUCUAAAUUACGAAAUGAAUUGAUAACAGAUAAGCCGGUGAUCCCCUUGAUUGAUAACCUCGCCGAUGCCGAUACGUGGAACAAGUACUUAGAGUAUCAGCAGAGUCUUCUGGAAGAAAACGGUGGGCAGCCAAGCUGGUUUCAGUCCCCUUGGUUGUAUGUGGAGUGUUACCUGUACCGCAGAAUCCACGAAGCACUUAUUCUAAGCCCUCCGAUCUGCGACUUUGAUGUAUUUAAGGAAGGAAAGGUUCAAAGUUUUUUUGAAUCCCAACAAGCUGUUGUUGCCUUGUGCACUCACCUGCAGGAAAUAAGCAAAAUUAUUGAGGACCUAGAUGAAGACCAACUGAAAGAAGAAUUUUUUAAACUGCUUCAGGUGUCAUUAUGGGGAAAUAAAUGUGAUCUUUCCAUCUCCGGUGGUGAAAGCAACUCUCAGAAAUCCAGCCCACUCAGCUCUUUGAGAGAUCUGAAUUCUUUCAUUUUAGUGAAUGACAUGGACUGUAUCUGGUCAUUGCUUUUAAAUAGCAAGAAAACAAGGUUGGAAAAAGUGACACCGACCAGGGUGGACAUCGUCUUGGAUAAUGCUGGCUUUGAACUUGUUUCGGAUUUAGUACUGGCUGACUUUCUGUUGUCCUCUGAAUUGGCCACUGAAAUCCAUUUCCAUGGAAAAAGCAUUCCUUGGUUUGUUUCGGACACCACCAAACAUGACUUUAAUUGGUCGAUCAAACAACUUCAGGGUGCCAAUCAUAGGUGGAUGUCCCGCUGUGGCAUCAACUGGGAGGGCUAUAUUAAAAAGGGCGCUUGGGUUUACCACGACCAUAUGUUUUGGACUCUGCCGCAUGAAUACUGCAAUAUGUCUCAGGUUGCUUCUGAAUUAUAUGCCGAGCUGCAGAAGGCGAAUUUAAUUAUUUUCAAGGGCGAUUUGAACUAUAGGAAAUUGACAGGGGACAGGAAAUGGGAGUUUACUGUUUCAUUUCACCAAGCCCUGAACAAAUUUCAUCCGGCACCCCUCUGUAGUAUAAGAACACUAAAAGCAGACGUUCAAGUGGGUUUGCAGCCUGGGCAAGGGGAGCAACUUAUGGUUUCUGACCCAGAGUGGAUGACCACUGGAAAAUAUGGAGUCAUUCAGUUUGAUGGGAUGCCAUGAUUUGUUUGAGAUAAGAUCUGAUUUGCACUUUUCGUUCCAAGAAGUAAUUUUGGGACUUGGUUGCCUGUUUUUGUUUUUUUUUUGAGGGGGGGAAGAAGGGGGCCCACUUUCACUUCAGGGAGUUUAGCUUUUCAGUACAGUAACAGUAAUGUCUUUUACGUAGCUUCAGGCUUUUCUGUAAACUACCUGCCAACGGUAAACUACCUGCAGAUACCUUUGGGCAGAUUGCAUGUUCUUUGUUAAGAUUAUUUUCAUCAAGCGCUUAGUACAGUGCUCAAGCGCUUAGUACAGUGCUCGGCACAUAGCGCUCAAUAAAUAUGAUUGAUGAUGAUGAUUGAUGUUUUAGCAGUUUAUAUUCCAAAAUUUCGAGAUAUACAUAUACUUUCAGAUGAGGAAAAAGUUGAGAAAAGUCACCUUUUUGGACUUUACAUUUGUGACUGACUGCUAUUUUCAUGUAUUAGACUGCAUGUUAGGAUGAAUGUUAAUUUAAGUUAACCCCUUUGGGUUUGGGGUUUUUUUAAUUGUUAUAUAACAGAAGUCUUAGAAUGGGUAUAAAUUUCCCUGGAAUCACUCCAAAAGGAGAAGCACUUUUAAAAAUUGACGGAUCUGAGCAUGUUUUCAUUUAAGUAUUGAAGAACAAGGAUGCAGAAAUUACUCCUUGGGAAUAAGUUCGUUUUUUAAGGUGGGCAUUAGCUCUUUCAGACCACCGUGAAACUGUUUAGCCACGUGUUGGGCUGUGUUUGCACAUUAUGGAUACUAUCACCGUCAUUACCAUCGUCACUGGUAAUGAGCACCUAAAGUGCACUGUACUAGUUGCUCGGUGUACUGUACUAGUUGUACUUGUGUGCGACAGGAAUAGAAGACGUGGUCCUUCCCUCAAGGAAUUUCCUGUCUAGUGGAGGAGAUUGACAGAUGCAGAUGUAUAAUAGGAAAGGGAAUACCCAGAAAACUGGUAACAGCAAAAGUAAAUGUAGAUUAGUAAUUCAGUCAAGAGGAAUAAACUAAGUGCUUAGUACAGUGCUCUGCACACAGCCAGCAUUCAGUAAAUACCGUUGAUUUAUAAACGAUUGUGAUGAUUGUGUUAUAACUGUACUCUCCCAAGUGCUUAGUACAGUGCUCUGCACGCAGUAAGCGCUCAAUAAAAACGAUUGACUGACAAGUAAUGUCGGUGACUAGUGGGAUGACCUCAUGAGGGGAGUGUGGGUAUUAAGAGAUCAGUUGCAUUUUUUGAGCACCCACUGUGUGCCAACACUAUGCUAAGCACUUGGAAGAGUACA